CUCCACUCCUGGCUUUUUGCCUUCGUGGAUCGGAGUGCGAGUUGUGUGAAGCCGCAGAGAGACAGUGCUUAUGUGUGUAGAGAAACAACGUUACAAAAUGUAUCUCAAUGGUUUCUCUCUCCUAAAUAUCGCGUGAAUAUUCCACUUGUUUUCACCGCCGGGCAAACGACGGACGAUAAUGUUGGCGUCAUGUAGGCUGUGCUUUUCAGACUUUGGAAAACAAAUCCGGUAUUGUCGGUGAAUUCUCGGGAGAUGGCAGAGUAGUUCGACCUGCGCCAGUUUCACAGCCCUCAUACAGCACUUUGAAAAACAACCUGCAAGGUCUAGAAUGAUGGUUGGGGACAUGUUUCUCCUGGUGUUGAUCGCCCUGGUGCUUCCCUGUUCUAGCUUGGAAGAUGUCCCUGUGAGGAACUGUGUGUGUGACGGAGCGCCCUGCAGCAGCGGGGACCGGUGUUUUGGGCAGCAGUGCUUCACCUCUCUUUCCAUACUGAACGGGACAGCCACCUUCCAGAAGGGCUGCAUUGUGGGUAAUGAGGAAGGGUCCUCGAGAUGCGGAAACCCACCAACUCCUGAGCUGGUGGUAGAGUGCUGCAAUGUGGAUUUGUGUAACAUGAACGUCUCCUUGCAGUCACCAGUAAAAGAUAUAGAGCUGUCUGCUGGCAGACCAGUCCUCAGAGACCAGGAGUGUGUGUGCGAGGGCGGUGUGUGUGAGCUUGACCGCCGCUGUGCAGGCCAGCACUGUUUCUCCUCUCUGCAGAUGACUGAUGGGGUGGCCGUCCAACAGAAGGGCUGCCUGAGGGACGACGAGGAGGGCAGAGCCACCUGCGCCAUGCCGCCCUCACCCGGACAUGUUGUCAAGUGCUGCCAGGGCCAUCUGUGUAACAUGAACGUCAGUGUGCAAGCUCCGGGGAAAGAGGAGGAGGUGAAGCGUCUGACCAAAGAAGAGCAUGAGUGCGUGUGUGAGGGCAGCACUUGUGCCACAGGGAACCGCUGCCUGGGCCAGCAGUGCUUCUCCUCUCUGACCGCCAGCGCCGGAUCCCUCAUGUACCAGAAGGGCUGCUUCACCAAAUAUGAGCAGGGCACCAUGACCUGCAAGACCCCCCCUUCCAGAGACCAGAUUGUGGAGUGUUGCUACGGGCACCUGUGUAACAUGAACAGCACUGUGGAGCUGCCUGUAAAAGCAGAUGAGGUUCCCAGCUACAGCGUGACGACUCUCACUAUCGUCAUCGUUGCCCCCAUCAUCGUCCUCAUUGUCCUCUCUGCUAUCGCUAUCCUGGUGUUCAGACGCAUCCACAACAACCAAAUGGAGAGGCUAACAUCACGAGACGCGGAAUACGGAACUAUCGACGGUCUCAUAGCCUCCAACGUGGGGGAGAGCACUCUGGCGGAUCUUCUGGAUCAUUCCUGCACUUCAGGAAGUGGCUCAGGACUCCCUUUCCUGGUUCAGAGAACUGUCGCACGUCAAAUCACGCUCAAUGAGUGUGUGGGUAAGGGGCGUUACGGUGAAGUGUGGAGGGGCCAGUGGCAGGGGGAGAGUGUGGCCGUCAAAAUCUUCUCCUCCAGAGACGAGAAGUCCUGGUUCAGAGAGACUGAGAUCUACAACACGGUGCUGCUGAGACAUGAGAACAUCCUGGGCUUCAUAGCUUCAGACAUGACCUCGAGGAACUCCAGCACUCAGCUGUGGCUGAUCACUCACUUCCAUGAGAUGGGCUCCCUGUACGACUACCUCCAGCUCAGCACCCUGGACGCCUCCAGCUGCCUGCGCAUGGCGCUCUCCAUCGCCAGCGGCCUGGCACACCUGCACGUGGAGAUCUUUGGCACCCAAGGGAAACCUGCCAUCUCACACCGAGACUUAAAGAGCAAAAAUAUAUUGGUGCAAAAGAACGGACAGUGCUGCAUUGCUGACCUUGGUCUGGCUGUCAUGCAUUUUCAAGACACCAACGAGUUAGACGUGGGAAACAACCCUAAAGUGGGCACAAAGCGCUACAUGGCCCCUGAAGUGCUCGAUGACUCCAUCCAGAUGGACUGUUUUGAGUCCUUCAAGAGAGUGGACAUCUGGGCUCUGGGACUCGUGCUGUGGGAGCUCGCCCGGAGGACAGUCAGCAACGGCAUUGUAGAAGAAUACAAGCCUCCCUUUCACGACGCCGUCCCAAGUGAUCCCAGUUUCGAGGACAUGAAGAAGGUUGUGUGUGUUGAUCAGCAGAGGCCCAACAUCCCUAACAGAUGGUUUUCAGACCCCACUUUACUGUCCAUGGCUAAACUAAUGAAGGAGUGCUGGUACCAGAAUCCUUCCGCCAGAUUAACGGCGUUACGCAUCAAAAAGACUCUCACAAAGAUCGACAACUCUCUGGACAAAAUCAAAACAGACAUUUAAGCCUGCCUUGAGAAGAAGAGGUAGACAUACUGAAGACAACCAGAGGGUGGACCACCCUGGAGACAUCUCACAAGACAAGAGACUUGAUGGGUUCAGUGCCCUUAUAGUGGCACACAAACCUAUAUUUAUUUAAAAAACACUUGACGGGACAGAUUUUGGCAUCCAAAGAUGGCUUACCGGGCAUUUCUGAGACUGCCAAAGGUCUUGGAGAUAGGAAAAUAUAUCUAUUCAACUUGUGACAUAGGAGCUGGACUGUUAGCAAUGUUCUCCGAGGAAGAAACUGUUACCUAGGCAUUUGAGUAGGCUCGCUUUUGUUAGAACUGCAGAUUUUGACACAUUUUUUUGUUUAAAAAAACGUCUGAACAUAUUAGCAUUUUCACUUUCUCUUUUAAAUUGUACUUUAUUCACCAUUUGCAUAACGGUGGAUUCCUUUGCAAAAGAACAUGCCAACUUUAUUUGCCAAUUAAAUCUGCAUACUUUCUUAAAAGGAGACCACAGCGAGCAGUGUGAUGUUUUACUUUGUGUCAUGCACCUGUUUACAAUGCUGUCUGAACAGGAUUCCUGGGAUCUCACUAAUCCCUUAACGUUUAGUGUACAGCUGCAUCGAUGGCACUGUUGUUUUCCUGAGAUAUCGUCCAACUAAAGGUACCUUGUUGCAAACCUUUUGUAUAUCACCAUUCAUUUUACAUUGAAUUACCUGUACCUGUUCUAUGUUUUGUUUCUUCAGCUUUACAGAGACAAAUGCUAAAAGAACAAAUCAAAUAUCUGCUAGAUACUGAACUCUAUUCCUCCAGAGGCUGUAAGUAAGCCUGUAAAGCCUGUAUACUGUCUUAACGCGUGCAUUGUUGUCUUAAUGCGUGCAUUGUCAAGUAAAUGAAGUCAAACUUCAGCCUUUUUUAUUUCUUUAACAUUUUAUAUCAAUUAGUGAUUUAUUAUAAUUAAAUAGAAAAAAAUGUG